UUCACAGAAAUUGAGGGGCAAACAACGAAAAAAGAAGCCAGGGUUUCUCGGAAGGGCAGGAAUGGCAUGUCCAGAAAAGAAAUUAACGAGGAAGAUCAAAUUCAGGAUCGGGCCAUCCAGGGCGCGAAGGAGCGGAGACGACGGCAGCGAAGCCACACCGCCGCCGCCGCCGCCGCCGCCGCCACGCCUUCCGCUGGUACCCCCGACCUCGCCGUCUGGUCGUAUCUCGGUGAUUGGCGGUAAACAUCUCCCGCUUCCCCGGCGGCUGCCACCGCCGUCGCGCGCCGAUGAGGAUACGGAGAAGGUCGGUGAACAAGAUUAUGAGGAUUGGGAUGAAGAAGAAGAGGAUGAGGAGCUGGAAAGAUCUUCUGAAAAUGACUUUCGUUGCCUGCUCAUGAGUAAUCAAAGUAAUACCCCACCUAAUAUUGUUCGGCACGAGGCUGCGCCGCUUAACAAGCAUGAAUAUUUUUCACUGCUAACAAAUUGGCGCCAGCUGCUGGCUGGCAAGAGAACAUACCUCCGAUCAUCAAGGGACAGCCGUAUGCCCAAUGAUGUCUUCCGGUGUCCAUUUGCUCACCCGAAGACACUUGGAUGCCAGGAGCCAUUCUCGACUUUGAUUCAUGAAUCUGCAAAGUACAGCAUCAUCCAGAAAAAGAUCAAGCUCCUUAGUGAGCAGUAUUCUCUCUUCAGACGACCACGCAGAGAUGGCAGCAGUUUUUACAGAGCCUUCCUUUUCUCCUAUUUGCAGGAGAACAUUGGACAAAUGCAUGAUAGUCAAGUUGAGUUCACUCGUCUAAUGGAAUGUGUGGCAAGGUGCAGAGAUUAUUUCUGUUGUCUUAAAUGGGACAAGGCAUAUUUCAUGAAUCCUGAAGCAUACUUCUCAAGUGUUGUUUCUGAGUUCGAACAUUUGGUCAACUUAGUAGCAAAUGGUCUAAGUGCUGAUGAUCUGUACAAGAGAAACCUACAGGAGACCAUGUCAUCCAGGACUCUUUCUCUGCUUAGAUUGCUCACAGAGGUUGAGAUCCGUGCACGAGAACAGCAGUACAAGCCAUUUCCCCCUGAAUAUAAGAAUGCCCUUGAGUUUUGCUUGACCGUUGUGCGUCCCAUGGAUGUUGAAGCUGAGAAUACACAAAUCAGAUCUCUAUCUAAUGCACUUGGCAUUCCCUUGCGUGUCGAAGUUGCUGACGCAAGCUUGCAGUUUGGAAUUGUGCAAGUGAAAAGCCAUGAUUUUUUCCCUAGAUCAGAAUCAGGAGUAACCACAAUCUCAGGACCUGUGCAUUCAAGUCAAAGCUACUCUUCCUCAGGCAAAACGACUAAACCUCUGGAGCAGCAAAGGGAUAAUGACUCAGUCGAGCAGGCUAGAAUAAGCUCAGGUGGCAGCUUGUUAUCAUCUGACGGCAUACCUUUAGUGACCUUGCUGUUUACAAACGGCCACUACGACAUUCUUUAUAAGUGAAAACGGACUAAGACCAAGCUAUCUAAGUAGUUGGCUCUAAGAGAAUCUUUUUUGGCGAUGACCUGGAAAUCUACUGCUAGUGUAGUAGAGAAUGGAACCCAUGCUUUUGGUUGUGCACUGCUUCCAAAUUUCUUGUGAUUCUUUAAUAUUUCGAGCAAAGGACUCAAGGCACUUCAUUUGCUGGAGAUACUUAUUAUGCAGUCUACAAUGAAGUGUCAAUUUGGUGCAAAGUUGAAAGAACUGUACCUUUUGUUGCUGAAACGUAUGAGGCAGGUUCAGGACUUACAGAACCUCCUUUCAGUGGGAGCACGUCUCUGGUGCUGCUCGUUAUUUGAUUGUUCCUAUGGAUGCUAUUCCCAGUUGCUCAUGCACUCAAGAGGGAAACUAAUGAUCUGGCAGGAAACAUAUGAAGAACUAGGUCUUCUUUUAUCACUGCGAGAUGUGAUUUUGGAUCAUCCUUGCUCUAGGUUACUUCUGUUAGGGUGAUUUGCAGUAUGAUCUAGCCUUUAAACAACCCCAGUUGCUGCAGGCUCUCAUUUAUCAAUAGCUGACAAUGAAGUGUUGCGAUGAGUUGUAAAUGCUUUCCUGAGUAGAUUGUAGAUAUUUCUUCGUCUCUCAGGAUCGUGAAUAUUGGUUGCAACUGCAAACUUCAUGUAAAAUUGAAUCAGCAAUUCGUGACUUGAUCAAGAGUAGAUAUUUCUUUUUCACAUGAAUACAAAUUUGUAGCGAUAAUUCUAGCAUGUGGUAAUGUACAUGGAUUGACUUCGACUGGAACAAACAUUGUCAUGAGAAAGCCAUUAAUUCCGAAGAGGACCGGCAAAAAGUGUUAAUACAAUGCAAUGCAAAUGUGCCUGGAAAAUUGUGGCAGCACCUUGUUUGUUACAGU